AUGGCUACAGAGACUGUCUUGGACAAGCCUAACAUUGGCGUCUUCACCAACCCGCAGCAUGCGCUGUGGAUCGCGGACGCAAAGCCGACGCUAGAAGAGGUGCAGAAAGGUGACGGGCUCAAGCCGGGCGAGGUGACGGUUGAGAUUAGAAGUACUGGGAUUUGCGGUUCCGAUGUCCAUUUCUGGCAUGCUGGUUGUAUUGGUCCUAUGAUUGUCACGGGAGACCAUAUCCUAGGCCAUGAAUCUGCCGGUGUCGUCCUCGCAGUUGCGCCAGAUGUCAAGACACUCAAGGUUGGUGAUCGUGUCGCCGUGGAACCCAACAUUAUCUGCAACAAGUGCGAGGCCUGCCUAACCGGUCGCUACAAUGGUUGUGAGGCGGUCGAAUUCCUGUCAACACCCCCUGUCGACGGUCUUCUCCGUCGGUACGUCAACCACCCUGCCAUUUGGUGCCAUAAGAUCGGCGACAUGAGCUUCGAGAACGGCGCAUUGCUAGAACCCCUCAGUGUCGCACUCGCCGGCCUUGACCGCGCGGGGGUUCGUCUGGGUGAUCCGGUGCUCAUCACUGGAGCCGGCCCUAUCGGUCUGGUCACAUUGGCCUGUGUCCGGGCUGCCGGUGCCUCGCCCAUCGUCAUCACUGACAUUGACGAGGGCCGACUACGCUUCGCCAAAGAGCUAGCUCCAGACGCACGCACGUACAAGGUGCAAAUCAAUAAGACGCCAGAAGAGAACGCAGCGGGAAUAUUGGACGCCCUGAACGAUGGCAACGCGGACGCAACAGACGCCAUACGCCCGCGCGUCGCUAUGGAAUGCACUGGAGUCGAGAGCAGCGUCGCUUCCGCCAUCUGGAGUGUCAAAUUCGGCGGCAAGGUAUUCGUGAUUGGCGUGGGCAAGAACGAGAUGAAGGUCCCUUUCAUGCGCCUCAGCACCUGGGAAAUCGAUCUGCAAUAUCAAUACCGAUACUCAAACACAUGGCCCAAGGCGAUCCGGUUGGUGAAGAACGGCGUGAUUGAUCUACGGAAACUCGUCACUCAUCGCUUCUCUAUCGACAACGCGCUAGAGGCAUUUAAGACUGCGGCGAACCCGAAGACCGGCGCUAUCAAAGUGCAGAUUAUGAGCUCGGAUGAAGAAGUUAGAUUGGCUACGGCAGCUGUCACUGCGAAUGGCGUCCAUUAA